AUGACUCGAGCCCAGCUCAGCGACAAGGAACACGUGGACAAUCUCAUACAGAACCAUCUUGCAUGGAUGAGCACUCUUCCGAACACGGCAAUGUACUUGCAAAUAAAGCGGAAGGACUUGUUCGCCAUGGUUCGACAGCUCGGAAAGCCUACGGUGUUCUUGACGAUGAGUGCCAACGAGAUUCAAUGGCCCGGUUUGCUAAAGGCGCUGUACAAGCUCGCGGAUCAACAGAACAGGACCGACUUGAGAGAUCCGCUGAAUGAACUGUCAGCAAUUGAGCGAACCGUGUUGGCUAGCGAAGAUCCAGUUACGUGCUGCCUCUACACCAACAAGCUGUUCGACGUCAUCAUGCAAAUCCUGCAAUCGAAAUCCCACAGUCCGUUUGGCAAGUACUACGUCACCGAUUACUUCAAACGAAUCGAGUUCCAGCACCGCGGUAGUCCUCACGUUCAUGCGGUGCUUUGGCUCGCCAAUGACCCAAAGGAAAACGUUUCCGAACAAAUGACCGGCACCUUGGAUCUUAUCAACACCAUCACCUCCAUCAGAGUAGAAGACCUUCCUACGCAGACAGCUGGUAAGCAGAUCCACAAAUGUACGUUCACUUGCACGAAACGCGGAGAAAAACGCUGUCGAUUCAACAUACCAUACUGGCCCAUGCGAGAACAGCGGGUAUUACUUCCUCUUAAAGCUGACGACUGUCGCCGAAACGAGUUGAAGAAGCGCGGUGAAGAAAUGCGGGACAUCUUGGAGACGAUGGUAUUUGACACGGUUGAGGACUACCUUGCACACUGCAAGUGUACGUACACGUACUAUCUCGAUGUUGUUCGUGCAUCGCUGAAGAUGCCAACCGUUUUCUACAAGCGUUCGAUGGAUGAGCUGCGAACAAAUCCUUUCAACGCGUGGAUUGCCGAUAAACUUCGUUCGAACAUGGAUCUGCAGUUCAUAAUUGACGUCCAGAAGCUGUGCCACUACUUGGUAGAGUACGUGAACAAGUCAAAUCGUGGCGUGAGUGGAUUGCACCGCGAGCUCAUCAUCCUGCAAGAACAGUAUCCCGAACUAGACCACGGAGAAAUGAUGAAGAAAAUCAGCUUGAAGAUGCUUGGCUCUGUGGAAAUGUGCGCCCAGGAAGCGGCUUGGUUCCUUCUCCGGUUAUCGAUGACCGAGGCAAGCAGGAAAAUUGAGUAUCUUCCAACUGUGUGGCCUCAAGAUCGGUCAAGGAGCAGAAAGCACUACCAGACAAUGGACGACGAAGGAAUCGGUCAGGACUCGACUGAUGUCUGGAGUAGGAACAUCAUCGAAAAGUAUGAGGAGCGUGAAGGUAUGGAAGACGUGUGUUUGGCCGAUUUUGCCGCUUGCUAUACGAAGGAGGGACGAACCAACAACUACCGAAAGAGAGGACAACCACGAGUGCUGCGUUGGCGCAAUUACCAAAUGAGCGAGCUUUCCGAAUACAAACGCAUGUCGGUUCUUCUGUUUGUACCGUUUCGGAACGAGCUUCACGACGUUCUCGACCAGAACAAGUUCCUUCAGUUGUACGACUUGCAUGAGGCUGCGAUCCUGGUGAAGCGAAAGGAAUACGACUGUGAGUUGAAUGUGGAGCAAACGGUCGAAGAAUACGAGCGAACUCUUGCGAAUUUGGAGGAUGAUGACCAGAACAACGCAGCAAACGAGAAACACGACGAGUUGGUGCGAACAGUCAUAAUGCAGCCAAACAACGACGACUUUGAGCUCCUGCCGACAAGAACAUUGCGAUCCGUCAUCAAGCAGCGCCCUAAUGUGAUGUCAAAGGAGGAUUAUUGCGCUAUGAUGCGAGCCACAAACCGUGAACAACGAGCUCUGAUUCUUCACACGAUUCAUCUGUUGACCUGCUUUGAAGAUCACGAGCCGUUGCAGAUUUUCUUGACCGGUCCAGCAGGAAGUGGUAAAACGUUUUUAUUGCGCGCACUGAUGGAAACGUUGAACCGCUACAGCCAAGAUCAUAAUUCACGGGAUAACGCAUAUGUGGCAAGCGCCUCGACUGGAAAAGCAGCAUCAGCUAUUGGAGGUACCACCAUGCACCAUGCCUACCACAUCACCAUGUCACGCCAAACUACGAAGAUGAGUUUCGAAACGCUCCAGGUGUACCGAACAGAAAUGCAGCGCGUCAAAGCCCACAUCAUCGACGAGGUCAGCAUGGUUGGCGCCCACAACUUAAACACCGUUCACUUAAGGCUCCAGGAUAUUUACAUGAACUACGACCAGGCUUAUGGCGGUGUUAUGCUCUUGCUGUGUGGCGACCUAAGGCAGUUGUUCCCUGUUAUGGCUAAACCUGUGUUUAAACCUCCGGCAAACUCCAUUUCCGGCGCUGUGUUGUGGCAAUUGCUUAAGUUUCACGAGCUCAAGCAGGUUAUGCGUCAAGCUGACAAAGUGUUUUCGGACAUACUCACCAAGAUCGGCAAUGGUGAUAAGCUGACAACUGACGAAACCAAACUGAUCGAAAGCCGAUUCUUCACAGAAGAACAACUGCGUAAAGAACAGACCGAAGGCGCUGUUCGGCUCUUUCAUCGGAACGUUGACGUAACGCAGCACAACAACAAGGCAUUGGAAGGCGUCGACGGAGUGACCUGUACAGCGGACGACACAUUUGUAGGGUACAAAAGUGCAGAACAACUGGCAAACGCACGUGUUAAACUCUAUAAGAUGUGCCUUACCGAGACGGCCGGUUUGCAGUACACAAUAAAACUGUGCCCUGGUAAGCCGUAUAUGGUCACCACCAAUGUUGAUGUGGAAGAUGGCAUUGUAAAUGGAGCAAUCGGUGAUUUGAUGUAUGUGGAAGAGAGCAUUGAUGACGAGGCAGGAGAACGGAUUGCAAGAAUAUGGAUCAAGUUCGACAAUGAGCAGAUUGGAGUCAUAGCGAGGAAAAAGGCAGAGCCAAUGACCCGCUCUAGAGCCGAUAUCUUGCGACCAGACUGGACUCCAAUUGUGAAAAGAUCCGCGAACGUCGAUCUUGGAAGCCGCAUUAAAUGCAAGAGAAUCCAGUUCCCUGUUGUCCCAGCGUGUGCUCUGACCAUACACAAAUCGCAGGGUGGCACAUUUGACAAGAUUGUGUUCGAGUACGACAAAGGCCAGGAGCAGCAAAUGGUGUACGUAGCACUGUCACGUGUCAAGUCGUUGCAGGGCCUCUUUAUGACCAGCUCGAAAGGAGACUUCAAGUUCCAUCACGCGAAAGGUUGCAGCAGCCCUAAGAUGAAGGAUCUACGCAACGAACUCAAGCGUUUGGAGAAUCAUCGUUUGCGAACUAUCGUCGAUGAAGUUUCCGAGGUCAUUGAGAGCAGCGAACCGACCACCACGCUCAUGUCCGUCAACGUGCAGAGCUUGAGGGCCCAUCAAAUGGACAUUGCCACCGAUCCUGUACUUCCCCGCGUCCACUUGCUGGCACUGAGCGAGACGUGGCUGGACGAUAAUACAUCGAUAGUGCUAGAUGGAUUCACGUGUAUCGUCCAAUCCAAGCGGACGGGUGUACGCGCAGGUGGCGUGGCAAUCUACCAGAACACGACAACUCCAAACACUGCUCCAGCAACUCCGCACUUGCUUGAAGUGGUAGGCGAAGAACGAAGCCAAGAGUUCAGCGAAGCGGCGAAAUACGGAGAUAUAUGUGCGGCAAAGGUGGUGGUGAUGGGCACUGAAAUACUGCUGGUAUCAGUGUAUAUCUCACCGGGAACCACCACGACGCAAAAGCUCUGGUUUCUCUCCCGCCAUUUGGGCCCUGUUGCCGAACUAGAUACGCCGAUGGUAGUCACCGGAGAUUUCAACCUUGACGCUUCCAAGCAGGACAGCAGUCGGUUUGUUGAAUUCAUGGCCAACCACUUCAAGUUGAGACUGUCAAAUGACGUGAAGAAGACUACGACACUUGGAGGUACGGUUCUUGAUUUGAGUUUCACAAAGAACAUCGAGGUGGAGACCACCCGGUACGCAUCGUACUUCUCGUACCAUCGACCUAUGCUGUCUGUCAUUCGACCGACUACAUCCAACUCAUCUCAAUCAAGCUAA